AUGAGUGCACAAAAUAGCGAUAAUGACCGUUAUAAAAAGGAAUAUUCGAGAAUAAGGAAACUGACGAGUAGAUAUGACAUACGGACUCAAUCAAAUGAAUUUGGUUUGUCGGAAGAUCAAGUUGCGGAAUUCAAAGAAGCAUUUAUGCUGUUCGAUAAAGACCAUGAUGGACGGAUUACUGAGGCAGAACUAGGAGUGGUCAUGAGAUCUUUGGGUCAAAGGCCUACUGAAACCGAUUUGCAAGGUAUGGUUAAAGAAGUGGAUAAAGAUGGCAAUGGUAGUAUUGAGUUUGAUGAAUUCCUGUUAAUGAUGGCCAGAAAACUAAAAGCAGCAGACGGCGAAGAAGAAAUGCACCAAGCGUUUAAAGUAUUUGACAAAAACGGCGAUGGAUUCAUAACAUUUGAUGAACUCAAACGUGUUAUGUGCAGUAUCGGAGAAAGGCUCACAGACGAAGAAAUUGAAGAUAUGAUAAAAGAAGCCGAUUUAAAUGGUGACAAAAAAAUUGAUUAUAACGAAUUUAUUACGAUAAUAAGUUCUAAGAAAUAA